AUGAAAUUCCUUCCUGGUGUCCAUUUCUCGCCGAAGCUAGGGACAGAUGAUGGUCCAUCUAUUCCCUGGCCUACAGCCCCAAGAAGAACCUGGCCGCCUAUACUUGAGGACUAUUAUCAGCCAGGUACGCCCGUGAUAUCAACCGUAGUUGAGACUCAUAUCAACGUGAAGUAUAAUGUGACGAUGAAAAAUAUUCGCAAGGCCACAAAAGAGCACCAGGAUACUUUGCCUGGGGAACAAACGUGUACAAUUUGCCACCGGACUGGCCGCGCAUCAUCGCGACUGGCAACGAGUCCUGGACUCCUGCGGGUGGCGUCAAUCACAAACUCGUGCCAUUCCUGGAGCAGCAAAAAAGGCCAGCGGGUUGGUAUUAUGAUGUUCGAUUUCUUUAAUGAGCCAUCUGACUUGAUUGAUACGUUCCUGAGUCUGUGA